CUCCUCCCUUCCCUCUGCCCACACCAACGCGCACCACACACCACCACCUGCGCACCGCCGUCGAUCGUCUCUCUCGCGCAUCUGUGCAUUCUCCCGCUCGUCUCGCACUGUCCGCCUCACCACCACACGUGCUCGUCUCCCGUCCUUCCUUCGCUCCAUCCGCUGCCUGGCGCUCGCCACUCUCCGCCGUGCUGAGGGACCCAUCUCCACCGCCGCCCAAGCGCGGUCGCGCGUAGCUCCGGCCGUCACUCUUCCGCACCCCGGCAUGACGACGGCCCUCAAACGCUCCAUCUCGGCCCUCGACGGCGCCGCAGACGCCGGCGCAGCCUCGUCGAAGCGCCCGCACCUCCACGCACCGACGCACGAUGCGGCAGCCAACGGCAAUGGCGCAGCAGAGGACGACGAGGCAGACGAGCCGGCCUAUCGCGGCCUAGAUGUCUACCGCAAGGAGGCCAUCUACCGGCAUCUGCUCGAGGCGCGCCGGGACCUCGCGCGCGCCGAGCGGCGAGCAUCGAGCCUGCAGGCGUCCUGGGAUGACACGCAGCGCUCCUGCGAGGAGUGGCGCUCCCUGUGGGACACUCUCCUGCAAGAUCUGCAACGGCUGAGCCCAAACGAUGCGGACCUCUCCAAGGAGCGCAGCAUCCUCGCGUCCAGAGCGUCUGGCUCUAGCUUUGGCUCCAUCGAGCAGCGCUGCGCAGCUGUGCGGAGAGCGCUGCAUCAGGUCGCUUCGCAAGGCGGCGCGGCACUCGACCAGGCCUCGCUUCACUCGCGGCUCUCCGAGCUGUCCAGCGAGAGCGCCACACUUCGCUCGCAGCUCACUUCUGUCGUCUCUGAGCGCGCGCGGCUAAGCGACGAUCUCGAGCACUUGACCGCAGCGCUGCGCAAGGCGGAGCGGCGAGCCGAUCGUCUCGCAAGUCCCACUGUGCGCAAGACAGAGCGGCCGAAGGAAGAGGAAGAGAACGCUAGGGAAGCCGCUGCCGAGGCGGAGCGGCAACGAGUCGCCGCGCAAGAAGCAAAGCAGGCUGAAGAGGAGCGCAAGCCGGUCCAGCUGCUGCCCAAUGGCGUGGCUGGCGCUGCCAUCACUCCCGCCGAUCUCGAGGCCGAGCGCAAUGCCGCCGCGCAGGAAGUCUCUGAUGCCCUCGCCGAGGCGAUGCUGCGUCUCGACGAGGGCGACGCUCUGCGUGCCCAGCUGCAAGCUGCGCGAGAAGAGGCUGAGCAGCUGCGCCGGGAGAUUGCAUGCAUGCCCGACGAACGCAUGCUCGAGACGCCCUGCUACCGCGAGCUGCACACGCACUUUAUGGCUGCGCUCGAGGAGAUGGAGCGCACCAAGCGCGUGCUUGAGGGUGUCGAGGAGGAGAACACGGAGCUGCGCACCCAGCUGAUCGAGAAGAGCACGACUGCGCAAGAAGAGGUCUCGGGGCAGCUCGAGGAGCUUCGCUCUGCGCUCAAGGCACACGAGGCGGACGUGGCGCGCCUGCGCGGACAGCGAGACGACCUGUCGGCAGAGCUCUCGGAGCGAAGACAACGAGAGAACGUCAAGCUGACGCAAGUCGACGAGAUGAAGGCGCUGCUCAACGCACGCGAGGAUCGCAUCGCCACGCUGCGCUCUGAAGUGCGAAGAGCACACAUGACGCUUGCUGCGCGUUCGGGCGAUGAGGCGGCGCUGCAGCGGGCACGCGGCGCACAGGGCGAGGACGACGUGGCGCUGAUCGAGGAGCUGCAGAGCCGAUUGAAAGCCGCCGAGAACGAAGCCGCCGAUCUGAAGCGGCAGCUCGACGCUCGCUCCUCUAGCACGACCGAGGCUGAGCUCAUCGCUCGCGCUGCGUCGCUGCAAGAGCAGCUCGAUGCACUCAAGGCGCUUCUCGAGGGUGCCUCUUCGGGCGAAGACGUGCAGAGCCGCCUGCAGGACUACACGCAGAAGGUCGCCACGAUGCGUCUGGAGCUCGACGCCGCUGCCGAGAGCACGACGGCGCUGUGCGACGAGGUUGAUCGCCUGAGUGCCGCGUAUGCCGAUGUCGAGCGCCUCGCAAACGCUAAAGUCCUCGACGUGGUGCACGCCGAGGACAAGCUGCUGCGUCUGACGACGGAGAAGUCCAAAGCGGACAACAAGUACUUCUCCGCGAUGCGCGCAAAGGACGCAGUCGAUGCGGAGCGCAAGCUUGCGCUGCGCACGGCGGAGCGCCAAGGCAAGGCGCUGGAGCGCGCUGCCGACGCCGAGCGCUUGCUCAUUGCGCAGCUGGCCGCCGGCGAGCGCGAGGGCGCACUGCGUCGACGCGCGAUGGAUGAGCAAGCCGCAAAGCUCGUCGAGGCCGAACGAGACGCCAAGCUCAUCCGCAUCCGCGAGGCCGAGGCGUUGCGCGCCAAGACGCACGCCGAGGCCAGACUGGCGGCAUUGUUCCCGCAGCAGAGCGAGGAGACGCGCGCGCUGGCGAGGGAGCGAGAGGCGCGUGUGCGUCUGGAGAAGGACCUCGAGAAAGCCAAGCGCGACCUCGAGGCCUCGACUGCGCUGGCCAGUGCCUCAGCUGCGGGCAGCGCCAUCAAGGCGCGCAAGACUUCUACGUCCGAUGCGGACACGCAGGUCGACUAUCUCAACUCGCUGCUGCGCUGCUCGGCAUGCAAGGACCGCUACCGCGACCGCAUCAUCACCAAGUGCCUGCACACGUUCUGCUCCAGCUGCAUCGACGCGCGCAUCCAGACGCGCCAGCGCAAGUGCCCCCACUGCGCCAGCUCGUUUGCCACGAGCGACGUGCAGCCGCUCUACUUGCAAUGAUCCACUAUCUUCCACCUCUCAGCCUCUUCAGGUCUCGCACGCAUCCCUCAUUCUUCCUCUUCUCAUCGCGAGGCGCGCCUGCGCCGCCGCCAAGCCUCGCUCUUCCUCUUUCUGUUGCAGAGCUGUGCGGCUUCACUCCCAUGAAGCGCGCCCGGCUCGUGCGCUUCCCCCAUCCCUUCUCCACGCCGCCUACCGCCGUCACACUACCCCCAUCACCGCGCCUCGGCGAAUGUAACAGUACUCUCUCGCGACGCACCAAUGAGACGCCUAGCCCUC